ACAAACAACAUCAACAAUCAAGCUUUUUCGGAACCAACAAUCAUCCGAAAAAAAAACCAAGAAAGAGAAAAAUGAUACCGAGAAAGAUCGACGCCAUUCUCACAUCAAGGCAAUGACGAAUUCCUAUCUCCGCCGCCAAUAAACUGUCAUUGCUUCUUCCCCUUCUGUUGUCUCUCCACUCCCAUCAGUUUCCCCCUUCCUGUAGUCGCCGGCGAUGGACAUGGCAGUGGACAUGGCGAUCGAUGCCGCCCCAAACGGCGACGCCUCAGCCGCUGCUCCUGCGGUUGCAGCGGCGCAUACCUCCACUGCCCGUCUUGCCCAGAUCGCCGAGUCCCUCAAAUUGGAGCACCAGCUCGUUAGGGUUCCCUUGGAGCAUCUCAAGAAGACGAUUCGCAGCAACUACCGCCUCGCCGAGAGGGAGUUCACUGCCGUCCUCAACAGUGUUGCUGAGGCAUCCGGAUCAUCGGAUUCUAGGUCGAUGGACGAAACCCUUACCCGCCUCAGCUCCCUCGUCACCCGCCUCCAGGGCCUAAAGCGCAAGCUGGAAGAGGGGGGCAAGGUGGAGAAUGUGCAGGUACAAAGGUGCCGUGCUCGGUUGGAGCAUUUAGGUUCGGUUGCAGAUGCAGAUAAAUUGGAUGAUUGGAAGGAUGCUAGAUUAAACCGAAUACUAGUUGAUUAUUUGCUAAGGAUGUCUUACUAUGAUUCUGCAAAGAACCUUGCAGAGACCGCCGACAUUCAGGAACUUGCUGAUAUUGAUGUCUUUUUCGAGGCAAAGAGAGUUAUUGAAUCUCUCCGGAACAAGGACCUGGCUCCUGCUUUAGUAUGGUGUGCAGAGAACAAACCCAGGUUGAAGAAGUCAAAGAGUAAGCUUGAGUUUCAACUGAGGCUUCAGGAGUUUAUAGAACUAGUGCGGGCUAAUGAGCAUAUGAAAGCUAUUUUCUAUGCCCGAAGGUAUCUUGCACCCUGGGCAGCUACUAAUAUGAAGGAAAUGCAGCGUGUUGUGACAACAUUGGCUUUUAGGCACAAUACUGAAUGUUCAAUUUAUAAGGUCUUAUUUGAGCCCACACAAUGGGACUAUCUGGUGGAGCAGUUCAAGCAGGAAUUCUGUAGAUUAUUUGGCAUGACUAAUGAACCUCUACUGAAUAUCUAUCUCCAAGCUGGCUUGACGGCCCUCAAGACUCCACUUUGUUACAAGGAGGCUUGCAGCAAAGAAGAUCCAUUAUCCCAAGAAGGCUUCCGCAAAUUGGCUGAACCGUUACCAUUCUCGAAACUGCACCACUCUAAGUUAGUUUGCUACAUUUCCAAGAAGCCGAUGGACCAUGAGAAUCCACCACUUGUUUUACCAAAUGGCCAUGUGUACAGUACUAAGGCUCUUGAAGAAAUGUCCAGACAAAAUGACGGCAGAAUCACCUGUCCGAGGACCGGCGAGGUUUGCAACUUCACCGAACUUGUGAAGGCCUUCAUUUCAUGAAUUUACGGAGCUUUACCUCCCAACUGGAGCAAAUUGUGCCGGUUAUGUUGCCCUCUUGCAAGAAUAAUCUAAAGCUGGUUUGAUUGUGAUGGCGAACUGGCAACUCAGUUUCAGACUAGGUUUCAGGAAAACUGUGAUUUCACGUACCCACAUAACAUGUAAUACUUACUUUUAUAUGCAUAUCGUUCUCUAGGUCCAGUCCGGCUUUGCCAGUUUGUGUUUCCAACGACACGCCAUCAAAGCCAUCGAUGAUGAAAAUGUCGUGGAAGGUGAUUUUAUGAUUCAACAUGUAAAAUGCCUAGUAUAUGUAAUAACUAAGAAACUAUAAUAUUCAACUGCAAUUGACGAAA